GCUGCGCCGGGCCGGCGCGCGCGACAAAAUAAUUUUUUAAAGCACCCGUUUUUGCCGCGGGGCCGCCGCCACUAAGCAAGUCUUUUGAAGAAAAGCUUGUUGCAGCAAGAGUGGUGGCGCGACUAAGCAGAGUACGGCAGUUGAAAUUCGCGAUCACAAGAGUCGCGCCGCGACAUCGUAAAGUCACCACGACUCUUAAAAAUUCCUCUUCUCUCUAGAUAAGAAUUUUUCAGGAUCCCGCCGCGACUUCGCGACUCAAUAGCGAUCGCGCCGCGCAAACGGGAGUUCAUAGCGAUCGCUUGCGUGACAUCGCGUACGCGCCGCGACUAGGGCGCGAGAGUCGACCUGGGUAGUUGAUAUCUUGGUUUACGAUGUCAGUAAGCUACCGACAAUGCAAAAGCGAACGGAAGGGGAGUUUUUUCCGUUUUCUUUCAACUCUCCUCCUUACUUUUCUAAUUUAAAAUGUCGAUGAUCGGCUUUUAGGAAAGUAAUGAGCAGAGUUAUUAGAGAUGCACUGUGGAAAAUAAACGGUCGUAGAACGUGUCCUAGUUAUUCCCUAAACAUGUCCCUGCAUAUGUGGCAUUUUCUGCUUCAUCUCUUUCUCGUAAGUACGUGAAAAUCAAAAAACUAACAUUAAUUCCUGUGAGUUCAAACUCGUCAACAAACUUUACUCUUUCCCGCUAGUCAGUUCUGCCAUGCCUGUGAUAGUAACUAUAGAACUGCCACUUUUAUGAACGUAUCUUGCUUCUGAUUCGUCCGUUCCAGUGACAUCAAUCGUGAAAAUUAUUUAUAGAAAAGCAAAGAGGAUUUUCUAAAAGAUAAUAAAAAGAUCGGUUUUAAAUAAUAAUAAAAUUGUUCGAAUGAUAUAAUAAACGCUAGCAUUUUAAAUACUCACUUUGCUAACAUGUGUACGAUGGAUGAGGCUGAUUAUUUUAGGAAUAUCCAUCAAAUUAGAGAUGUGCAACCCGACCCGUAUCCAACGCGAUCCGAAGGUUGUAUACGGAUACGAAGUUGUCGGUACGAGUCGGGUACGGGUUGCGUUUUUUUUAUUUAUCCGAAAGCCGUAAGGUUUUAGUAAAAACUACAAAGCUUUAGUGGAAAAUACAAGAUUUUAGCUAAAAUACAUGAAGUUUUAAAAUAUAGUUACUUGAGAACGUAAUGAUAAUUUGUCAUCUCCAGCCGAAAAACAAAAGUUUUUACUUGGAAAACGAAAAGGAGAAAAUUUUUAGGCAUAAGUCGGGUACGGAUACAAAGUUCUCAGGUCGGUCGGGUACAGGUACGAAAACGAUCUUGUAACCUGUCUCUAUUAUGCCAUAUUUACCCUUCUUCUCUUCAGUUCUUGUUCUUUUUUUUCUUUUUCUGAUUUUGAUUUUAUUUGUUAUACUUUUACCUUCUCAUUUUCUUCUUUCUGGUCGUUCACUUUCUUAUUGUAUGUAUGUUGUGCGCAUGUAUUCUGUGUAUAUGUUUUUAUGAGGACUACGCGAUUACAAUUACAAAAUGUAGAGUUCAAACACUGCUAUUAUUCCUAGAAUCCAGAACUUUGCAUAUGUAAAGUUAAACUUUACAUGUUCAGAAUUCUUACAUAUAUUAAAAGUUGCACACUCACCCUCACCCCCACCCCUAUCAUUACAUUCUCAAGUAAUUCUUUUUUUAAACUUUCAUGUAUUUUAACUAUACUCCUAUAUUUUUUUACUAAAAUUUUGUGGGUUUUCCACUAGAACCUUCCGGUUUUCAGGUAAAUUAAAACAAAAUAGAACCCGUAGCCGUAACUGCUCUACCCAAACCCAGCCUUCGAGUUGGGUCGGGUACGUGUAUAUUUUACACGUUCCAUUUCGUUAAAAAUUAUUUGAAUGAGUCGAAAACUUCAGGAUGUACAGCAUUUAGGCUAUCCUAUAUUCUAUUUUUAAGGCAUCUAAGAAAGGACUUACAAAAGCGUCUUGGUCUGCCACGAGCUUUCUGGAAAGCUUUUAUUCCAAAACAAAAAUUUUUCAAUCGUAUAACCAAGUUUGAUGGGCAAAGACGUUUGAAUAGAAUCAUGGGUAGAGGUGCAGACAGAAAGAGAAAAUGGAGAGUGAAUAAGAGGUUACAAGGUUGGUCCUGGCGUGAGAUUAUGCAUGCUAGUUCUCGUCAUGGAUAUUUAUGUUCUAACAGCAAUUGCCUGUCUAAAGUAAUCACUAGUAAUCGUUCAAAUGAGCAAAUGUUAACAGUUAAGGACAAAGUAAUUCAAGAACAAGCCCAGACAAAUGAUGACAUAGUGAAAAUAGAUGACAUGUUGCAAAAUCAAUCGAAAGCAAAAUUUCGAGAUGAAAAGACUGAAACUUCAACAUCGGAUGAUGAAUCGGAACAAGAAUAUCAAAAUAAAAAGGUUUUUAUAAUAAAAAGAAAACCUUUGCUCGAUGGGGCUAAAAGACUUGAGAACAUUCUUCAACAACUUGAUGACAGAAAAAGGCGACUUGCUGUAAGACGAGAAAAUUCUCAUAAAUUUAGAGAAAAAUUGAUGAAAAAAUAUAAUCGACAAUGUGUAGUUACAGGUGAAACAAUUGCAUUGGUUUUAGAUGCUGCACAUAUACGUAGUUACAAUGGUAAAUAUUGCAAUGAUGCAAGUAAUGGAUUAAUAUUAAGAACAGAUAUACAUAAGUUAUUUGAUAACGAUUUGUUGAAAUUGGUACCAAAUCAGUUCGGAACAGUUGUAGUUGAAGCUGAUUGUUUACUAAAAAGUUCAUCAAUAUACAAAGCACUAAAUGGAAAAAUUUUGACAAGUAUUAAUGAUCCGUUAACAAUCACACUUCUUCGUGCUCAUUAUUCAGACGAACUACCAUGA